UGUUGGUCGCGAACCUGAAACCGGUUUCGCACUGGAUGGAAACGGCCUCAGCGCCAUAAACGCCACCAUAACACAGAUUGAAGACGAUUUAGCAACAUAUGUUGGCGCCGGUUCCAAGGUGAAAGACAUGACAGCAGUAAAUACUGGGUUGCCUGGGAUCCGUGUGCCGUUGAAAAGCAGCUAUGCGUCGGCCAUGCCCCAGCAGACGGCCGUGUUCAUGUACAGCACCGCAGGCCCGGACGGACAGACAGUCACGUUGCAGCUUCGUGAGACAGACGAGACCAUCGAGCUGCCAGCGUCCAUGCUGUCAAAAAUGUCCCGGCAAACGGAUACGGCCACGCUGUCCAUUAGCUACCAGGACUCGGCAGAGGUGCUCACUGACGGCACCAUCGACCUGCUUCUGGCUACCACGCCGCUCCAUUCUUCCGGUGAUGGUCAAAGUACAGAUUCACCUGGUUUCGAGCUUUUCGAUUCAGAUAACGGCCACGAUCUCACGCUAUCACCACAAACUUUUACAGCUAAUACCACAGCAGAGUCUUUUCUAGUCAACGACAACUCAAACAGCAUAGGAAUACCCGUCAAUGAGUCUGAUACAGUUGGCAGCUCGGAAGACGUUAAGUCAGCAGAUUUAAGCAAAUUAAAUAUGUCGAGGCGGUCAAAACCGGUGGCAAAAGCUAUGUCUCCCAACAGACAGGGUCCCCAGCAGUGUAUCACCUGCGGGAAAGUGUUUGGGAACGCGUCUGCACUGGCCAAACACAAGUUGACACACAGUGAUGAAAGGAAGUACGUGUGCAGCGUUUGCAGUAAAGCUUUCAAAAGACAAGACCACUUGAACGGACACAUGCUGACACACCGGCACAAAAAGCCGUUCGAGUGCAAGGCCAGCGGAUGUGGCAAUAAGUCGUACUGCGACGCGCGGUCGCUGCGCCGGCACACGGAGAACCAUCACCACCACCGGCCGUCGUCCAACCAGGGCUCGCCGCCCGCGUCGCCGUCCUCGUCCACGAGUUCCGGUUGCAUACAGUACGCGCCCGCGCCGAUGCCGUCGCCGCCCGGCACGUCGGCGCGCUCGUCCCUACGAUCCACCGGGCGCACCGUCGUCACGGCCGCGUCGUCGGCCACGUCGUCGUCGUCGUCGUCGUCGUCGUCGUCCGCGUCGUCCACGUCGAUGAUCGUGUCAGCAUCCGCCGCGUCCACCACGGUCGCGUUCGGCUCCAUGUCGGCCAUUUCGGUUUCGGCGUCAUCAGCGUCGUCGUCGUCGUCGUCAUCGUCGUCGUCGUCGUCGUCGUCGUCGUCGUCGUCGUUGUCGUUGUCGUUGUCGUCGUCGUCGUCGUCUUCGUCGUCGACGACGAUCUCGUCUGCUACGCAGCACCACCACCACCAACAACAGUCACACGACGCGACGCCCAGUCAGCUGCAAAAGCUGCUCAGCGCCGAACCGCUGUCGUCGACCAACGGCGGUGGCGGUGGCGGCGGUAACGGCGGCAACAGCAGCGGCGGCGGUGGAGGAGGAGCACUUUCGUCAAAGAAUGGCCAACCGGAAACGAGAAAUGCGGCAGACAACGAAGACAGAUUUACAAAACAGCAAUUCGAUAUUAUUCAACAAAUUAUGCAUCACACCCAACAACAAAUAGCGACAUCAACUAUCUCGAAAAAUUCGAACAUGAAGAAUUCGUCCAACGCAAAAAAUUGGAACAGUCAACAGACCUCGAACGGCCCAACAGACUCGGCGAACAACAAACAACAGCACUCACAACCCGCUGCCAUUGCAGUACAACCUAAACCAGAACAAAAACCCGUUGAAUGUAACCUGUGCCAUCGAAAGUUUAAAAACGUACCGGCUCUAAAUGGACACAUGAGGCUGCACGGAGGAUACUUCAAAAAGGAAACUGACUCGAAGAAAUGGGAAAAAAAAGAAGCAUCAGGUCCACCCCUGCAAACAGCCAGCAUGAGCGUCAGAGCUUUAAUCGAAGAAAAAAUCAUACAAAAAAGGACCACGAAACCCAAUUGUUCAACUCAAAAUGGACUAACAUAUUCAAGCUUGAGCCGCGAGAAGGAAACGGUGGUACAGCAAGUGGUGAGCAGAAGCACGGCGGUGCACGCAGUGAUGACUACCAGCGGUACGUCAUUCGCGGUUCCGGCGGUUCCAAACACCGCCUCCAUAGUGGACACGACUGUGGGCUUGGCCGACUCUACGGCCGUAGUGUACACGGACGUAAUACUCAAAAAGACUGGCGUGAAAAGGGCAUGCUCGGAUCCGGGAUACCAGUUCAGUCACAGCACCAGCCCACAAAUAGAUAUUAAUUACUCCGGUUCGCCGUACACACUGAAUCACGGAAACGGUGGCGGUGGCGGUGAAAAGGAAACCGAUAACCGGGGCUAUUAUUCGCCGGGACUCAACGACGAUAUAUUUCCUAACGUACAAGCCGAAACUAUGCUCUUACAAGCCGUCGACUCCGUGCAGCUGGCCAAUACUAUACAGGCGACAGACAUGCAAGAUAUGUCGUGUUUAGAUGAUUACGACGGAAUGACCGAUCUUCAAAACAAUGAAGAUUUCCAAGCCGUAUUAAACUCUCCACUAUCAGCUAGCUUAGCUGAUCUAGCGUAUAGUUCAGGACAAACCAUGUUUACAGAUUUAGGUAGAUCACCUCUUCCAUCCCCAAGUUUUACCUACCCUACUCCGCCAGCUAGUCAAGAAGGCCAGUCUCCUUCGCUAAAUUUUCAUUCGGUUAUGUCAAACGGUCAUCUUGGUGACUUUUUUUAUUCAUCUGACAUGUCAAGUUCGGAAGCUGUUGAAGCAGCUUUAAGUGAAGUGUUGCCAAAUUUUGAGUCUUCUACAGAUUCACCAUUAUCAGCCAAUACACCAGUUUCAUCGCCAAUGUCAAUACAUAAUACAUCCGCUGCACCAUCACCAUUACCUAAUCAUCAUCAACACACACUACAGGUAAUGAUGCCAAAUUCAGAAGACCCAUUAUUAUCCAGCAAUCCUAAAGAAUUUAGGAAGAAGUUCGAUUACCAAACAUGUCGCUUAUAUGGGGUCAAUGGAACCAUGGCCCAAGUUAUUGAUGGCAGUCAAUUUUUAAUCGACAAAAAUGGAGAUUUAAAAUUAGUCCAAGCCAGUUACCAAAAUCCUGGAACCAUGUUCGUACAAACAGAAGCCCAGUUGAUUGAAAAACAUAUACCAGUUAUUAAACAACAAAAACCAGACAAUAAUCAAAACUUCGAAGAUAUAGAUGACAUUUUCCUAAAUCCAUCAAAUAUUCCGCCAAAUGUUACAAAUCGAUUAAACAGAAAACGUUGUUUUGGAGAAACUAUGACGUACAAACCGUUCCGAUCCAGAUUACGUAGUCAUAGACUUGGUAUGCUAAAUGAACCAACAUUGCAAUUCACUCCAAAACCUAUGUUGAGUCCUUCUAGAAACGGAAGAGGUCUUUAUUGGCAAGCAGUGACUUCGUGGCCAAGCUCUUCAACUGUCAAAGAAGUUAUUGUUGAAGAUUGUGUUGGACUAGAUUCACCGCCAGAGUGCGAUGUACUACCACACAUUAAUCUUGGUCCAAAUUUUCAAGCUUUAAUACCACCAGUAAGCAAAAUCAGACCAAUUCGAGAGCCAUCUAGCGAUUAUUUAUUAUGGGACCCAUGUAUUACAAAUUCAGUUUCUGACAGAGAAGUUGAAAUGUACAUGGACUUUGCUUGCUGUGCUGCAGUACCAGGUGGUGGAAGAAACAAAGAAUAUGCUUUACAUUUACUACAUCUUUGCAAAGGAAAUGUUCAGGAAGCAAUGUUAAAAUUGAUGCAACCAACUCCGUAUCUCCCACAAGGACAUCCUUUGAUGAAAUUUGAAUACACAGAAUCUGAUCACUGGACCCCAAAUGAAGUAUCUAUGUUUCAUAAAGCUAUAUUCAAAUAUGACAAAGAUUUUGCAUUUAUAUCGAAAGAGUUGGGAACAAAAACUAUGAAACAAUGCAUACAGUUUUAUUAUUUGUGGAAAAAAGUUUGUCCAGAAGAUUAUAAACAGUUUCAAUUCCAAAGACGAAAGUCGAGGAAUGAGGAUACAAUGGUAAAUCCGAAAUUAGACAUUCCUGCUAACGACCUGGUCACUACCAGUUCGGAGGACCAACAAACUUUCGUUUGCGAAUUCUCAGACUGUUUGUCGACAUUCAGCAACAAAAUAGGAUUAGCAGCUCAUAUGAGGCUACACACAAAUGGAACUCCAGAUCGAAGGCAAACCCUGACACCAACACACAUUGAUCCGAAUUACGAAGAAUUCCCUUGCAAGAUCUGUGGAAAAAUAUUUACCAAAGUAAAGAGUCGAAGUGCCCAUAUGAAAUCUCACAGACCUCCUGACGCAGAACCAAAGAAACCAAAAUUGGACCAGACUGUCGAUUACGGUCAAAUGAUGCAACUCAAGACGGUUGCAACGCCAAUUCAAUUACAUAGACAAUGCUAAAUGAACGCAAAACUACACUCAAAAUGAAGCUCAAUUUUAAACAGAGCUCGUACAAUCAAUAAAAACCCUAUUUCUGUGGUUUUUACUCUAUAAGAUGUCCAAGCAAUAUACAUAAAUAUAAUAUUAGUAAUAAUAUAUACAUAAAUACGUGUGUGCGUAUUUUCAAAAAUAUUACUAUGCAAAAGUUCUUCCUUGGUGAAUUCUAUAGCAUUUAAAUAAGCAAUAAUCAUUUCUUGGACAAUAAUAAAUUCAAACAAUAAAUUGUGCCAAUCAAAUUCACACUAGAAUCAAAAUGCUCAGUACGAAACAUCACAACUUUCUUUAGUCUCUAAGCUUUUGAAAACUAAAAACCAAAAUUCGUCAAUUAACACAUAAUGUGGUCAAAAUAAUUUCAAAUGUAUGUGUAUGCGUGCGUGUGUGUGAGUGUCCAUGUGUAUAUAAAUAUAGUGUACAUUU